AUGACUCGUAUCCCCGGCGAUGAACUUGGUCGAGUUUACAAAAUCCCAAGUGACACUGAGCGAGAUUCGAUCCAAUUGCAAUUAAACGGUUAUUUAGAAGCAAUCCGGAGAUGGAAAAGUCCAUGGGGGGAGAACAGAAUUUGCUCUUUGAUGAACACAGCUAUUAGGAGCGUUCGCGUACCUAAUCAUCUCAUUGGCCCUUUUGAGUCAGAACAAAAGUUCAAUGAAUACAUGAAUACCUCCGGAGCACUGCUUGGUCAGGGGGAUUCCCAUCAGAAACAGAAUACAACAACGCACUUGAUUGUGCUAGAAAAGUAG